UCCCCCAUAGCUGUUGGCAUACAGAGGGAGAGAGCCGGCAAGUCGAUGAUUAUCGGCGGAGAAUAUGGAGGCGUGCUUGACGAGGUGCUGCAACGGCGGUUCUCUUCUCAGAGCCCUCAAACCUCUCCAUUCGGGACUUUCAAAGCCACUCCGUUGCUCUCUCUCUUCUACGCCUCUCCACUCCGAUAUUUUGAUGAAAUAUGGAAUAAUAGGAUCUGUUAGAAGAGCAUACGACGGACUGUUGUUGGACGCCGGAGGCACUCUCUUGCAGUUGGCCAAGCCUGUCGAAGAGACUUAUGCUUCAAUCGGAGCCAAAUAUGGUCUUUCUGCAACUCCAGCUGAAAUAAAGCAAGGAUUUAAGAGAGCUUUUGCUGCUCCAUCAUGGCCCGAAAAGCUUCGCUACCAGGGAGAUGGGAGGCCAUUUUGGAAACUUGUUGUUUCUCAGGCGACUGGGUGUUCCGACAUCGAUUAUUUUGAAGAAGUUUAUGAGUACUACGCUAAAGGCAAUGCUUGGCAUCUUCCUUCUGGAGCCUAUGAAACAAUCGUCUGCCUCAAGGAUGCCGGAGUUAAGGUAGCUGUUGUAUCCAAUUUCGACACCCGCUUGCGGACGCUAUUGAAGGACCUCAAUGUUCUAGACCUGUUUGAUGCUGUCAUUAUAUCCUCAGAGGUUGGAUAUGAAAAGCCAGAUUCAAAGAUAUUUGAAGCUGCUCUCGAUCAAAUCAAUGUGGAGGCAUGCAAAGCUGUACAUGUUGGGGAUGAUGAAAAAGCAGACAAGCUUGGUGCCAAUGCCAUCGGGAUAGAUUGCUGGUUAUGGGCCAUAGAUGUGAAGACCUUCUCAGACGUUCAAAAUGGCAUUCUCGUUUCAGGGUCAUAGAUUCCAAAAAUCAAGUAUGAGUAGCAAAUCUCUCUUGACCAUAAUCCAUGUUUCAUUUGCUCCUUUUAUUUUAUUUUAUUUUAUUUUUUUGAGGGGGGACUUUGAUGGAAAAUGUGGUAUAUUUUCCUCUUAUGUAAUUUGUUGGGAGGAAUAUUUGAGCAAGGAUAGACUCGGUUGCUUCGACGAAAAGGGUGGCAGAAAAAGAGAAAUUUUUGGGAGUAUUCAAUAUGAUCAUAAAAUGGUCUUGAAUGGUGCUGUGCAGCUGUUAAUUAUAUUUAAC